AGUCUGCGAACGUCACAACGACCUGCCACCAGCCAGCCACACGUCAUAUUAAUUAUUAUAGUAAUAGUAUUAUAUUCAGUUAAAGACAAGCGCAUACAAUAUAAUAAAUUAUUAUUAUUAUUAUUGCCUAUUGUCGUUCGCGUCGAUAGUUGUCGUUAGGUAUUCGAUAAACGUAGAAUAUACGUCAUAUUGUAAUAAUAGUAUAACAAAAUUAUUAUCGUUUGUCAUCGCCGGUUUUUUGAUUUUCUUUUUCUUUUUACCCGCACCGUUUGCGUGUUUCGUAUUUUGCGAUUUUGAGUUCGGAAAACUCUCCCCGGAAAACCAUACAUUUAAAUCUCUCAGUCGUUCACCACCUAUACCAGUGUCGAUUACUGCUCAACAAUGAUCGACUACUUGCAGACAAUUUUCGUCGUGGUCAUCGCCAUGGUAUACGUCCAGGCGGAAAAAUCAAAAGUCAUACCGCCCUACAUAAAACAAUGCAUACGAAACGACCCAAAGCUCAAUGAAUGUCUCGCAGCGGAAAUCAAUCAUUUAAGACCGUACUUGAAAGAAGGAAUCGAUGAAAUCGAAUUGCCACCUGUGGAACCUUUCAGGAUGGAUUCGUUGAGUUUAGCAAUUACCGGUGGAUCUAAUGGCUACAAAAUCACUUUGAGGGAUAUUGAUUUGUUUGGAGCCAGCAAUUUCUCCAUUCAAAAAGUGUUAUUGCGUCCGAAUGCACCAUUUGAAGGUAAAGUCAGAAUUCCAAAAAUGACAAUGGAUGCCAAAUAUGCCAGUACUGGAGUUUUGUUAGUGCUGCCUGCUAAUGGAAAUGGAUCAUUCCAUGCAGAUUUAGGUGAUGUCACUGCUACAGUAAAAGGAAUUGUGUCUAGUUAUUACAAAGAUACCGAAAAAUAUUACAACUUGGACUUCUUGGAAGUAGAUUUAGUCAUAAAAAAAGCAUACAUGGUUGUCAGCAAAGUCAACAACAAUAGGAUAAUUGUUGAAGCAACAAACUUAUUUUUGCGUGAAAAUGGCCAGGAAGUAUUACAAGUAAUGAUGCCUCAACUCCGAAGCAAAUUGGCAGCAAUUUUCAAGACGAUAGUCAAUCAGUUACUGACUCACGUCCCCGCAGAUACGUUUUUCAGUAAUUAAAUUACUGUUAUCAUAAUAUGAAAAAAAGAAUUUCACGUGAAGAGAUUAAUUGUUUCUCUUUUUCGUAGUUAAGGCCCUUUUUAGACUAAUUUUGUUAGUAAUAUUAUAUUUGUAUUAUUUUUAUUUUUAACUGAUAUACCUACGUUAGUUGUAAUAUAUAAUAUGUCGUAAAAAAAACUCUUAGGCUCGUGUGUACCAAAUUUCCUUUGCCACAGUGCCAUCAAAUGUAUGAUUUAUUUAAAAUUAUCUCAUAUAAUAUUUUGACACAUUGACAUAUAAAUGAUUUUGUUGUUAGUUGAAAAUCAAAUACCCUAUAAUAGUCGACACAUAAUAUUAUGAAACUUAUGUGCAUUUUAAGACUUGGUUGUAUAUCGUUUUUGAAUUAUUGCUAUAAGAUAUAUACACUAAAAUUAUUAUUUAAUUUAGAUUCACUACUCAUGUCAUUAUAUUUUUGAAAACAUCUAUCGUCUAUAAUCUAUAGAUAAUAUUAUAGAUAUCUAAUUGUUUUCAAUUAUUAUUUAUGUGUAUUUCGAGUGAUUUCGUUCAGAAAUAAAACUCACAGAAAAUUGAUUUGUACGUACUACUGCCGAAUGAUAAUAUUAUGAAAGAAUUGUAUUUUUUUUUAAAUAUUAUUCAUUUUUAUAUUAUGUAGUUAUUGUUAACAGCAUAUGUGUAACAGUGUACGUAUAAGACUAACUGUCAUUUGAAUAACUCUUUUCUAUAUCUAAUUAGAGCCAACAUUUCACCAUAUUCAUAAACACAUAUAUAUAUAAUAUAUAAUAAAUCGUAUAUGUUAUAUUUUUGUAA